AUGCGUCACUCCAUCGCCCUCGCCCUCGGCGCCGGCCAGGUCGCCUGGGCCGUCACGACCUUCUCCAACACGACGGCCACGACGGCCGGGCCGACGACGACGCCUCUUCCGGGGCCCUUUCUGCCGCCCAGAGUCGGCGCCUUCCGCGUCGUCGGCUGUGCCGGCUCCUCGACGCGCUUCCCGGGCUUCGAGCGAACGGUGACGGAGGAUAAGAUGACGCUCGAGAUCUGCGCCGCCGCCUGCCCCGGCCGCUACUUUGGCGUCUACUUCAUGGACUGCUACUGCGGCGACGUCGUCGACGACGCCACCACGAGCAUCCUCGCCGACUCCAAGUGCAGCAGCCGCUGCCCCGGCAAGCCCGAGGAGGCUUGCGGAGGCCUCACCAACCUGCUGCAGCGACGCGAGAUCCCCCAGACCGUCCUCCUCUCCCUCUACGAGCGCAUCGCCGCGACGACGACGACGGAGCCUCCCUCGGGCACCACCAUGACGCGCACCCUCACGAGCACCGGCAUCAUCACCACGUGCCCGCCCGAGGUGACGGACUGCCCCCUCCGUCGGAAGAAGCCGAGCCGGAAGAUGAUCUGCUACGGCGACUACUGCGCCCAGGACGAGUACUGCGACGAGUGUGAGCGCCAGCGCGUCGUCUGCGACGACGACGACUGCCACACCGAAGCCUGCCCGAGCGGCUACGAAAAGUACUGGACCGAGCUCGUCGUCUGCACCGGCGGCCAGGACUACAAGUACUCGCAGUGCAGCGGCGACGCCUGCAAGCGCAAGAUCACCUGCGACGACGGCAAGUGCACCGUCGAGAAGUGCACCGACGACGAGUUCGACCGCAAGUUUGUCUGCCGCGGCGACGACUGCGAGCACGAGAGCUGCACCGGCGACGAGUGCUGGAAAAAGUACCAGUGCUCGGCCGACAGCUGCAAGGUCCAGCCCGUGUGCCCCGGCAACGGGACCUGCACGGCCCCGGGCUCCAAGACCUACACGACGCCGUCGAGCUACCCCGUCCAGGCUGGCUCGAGCCGCGUCGCCAUCGUCUACAACCUGCUCGCCGGCGCCGCCCUCGCCGCCUUCAUGCUGUAG